CCUGGGCAGUCGGACGGGCGGGUGCCGGUCGGAACUCGGGCCGUGCGGGCUGAGAGAUCCGAAGCGCUUGGUUCCCCCCCGGGCCGGAGCGGGGGCAGGUGGGGGCGCAGGCCCGGGGGAUGCUGGGCUCGGUGAAGAUGGAGGCCCAUGACCUGGCGGAGUGGAGCUACUACCCGGAGGCGGGCGAGGUUUACUCUCCAGUGACCCCAGUGCCCACCAUGGCUCCCCUCAACUCCUACAUGACCCUGAACCCUCUGAGCUCUCCCUACUCCCCCGGGGGACUCCCUGCCUCCCCGCUGCCCUCAGGACCCCUGGCGCCCCCAGCCCCCACAGCGCCCCUGGGCCCCACCUUCCCAGGCCUGGGUGCCAGCAGCGGUGGAGGCAGCAGCUCGGGGUACGGGGGCCCGGGCCCAGGGCUGGUGCACGGGAAAGAGAUGCCGAAAGGAUACCGGCGGUCCCUGGCACACGCCAAGCCGCCCUAUUCCUACAUCUCGCUCAUCACCAUGGCCAUCCAGCAGGCGCCCGGCAAGAUGCUGACCCUGAGCGAGAUCUACCAGUGGAUCAUGGACCUCUUCCCCUACUACCGGGAGAACCAGCAGCGCUGGCAGAACUCCAUCCGCCACUCGCUGUCUUUCAACGACUGCUUCGUCAAGGUGGCGCGCUCCCCGGACAAGCCGGGCAAGGGCUCCUACUGGGCCCUGCACCCCAGCUCAGGGAACAUGUUUGAGAACGGAUGCUACCUGCGCCGCCAGAAACGCUUCAAGUUGGAGGAGAAGGUGAAGAAAGGGGGCAGCGGGACCUCCUCCACCAGGAACAGUGCAGGGUCUGCCACCUCGACCACCACCCCGGCUACCACGGUCACCUCUCCACCCCAGCCCCAGCCUCCACCCCCCGAGCCUGAGGUCCAGGGUGGGGAAGAUGUGGGGGCUCUAGACUGUGGCUCACCCCCUUCCUCCACUCCCUAUUUCACUGGCCUGGAGCUCCCCGGGGAGCUGAAGCUGGAUGCUCCCUACAACUUCAACCACCCUUUCUCCAUCAACAACCUGAUGUCGGAACAGACACCAGCGCCUCCCAAACUGGACGUGGGGUUUGGGGGCUACGGGGCAGAAGGUGGGGAGCCUGGGGUCUACUACCAGGGCCUCUAUUCCCGCUCUCUGCUUAACGCGUCCUAGCAGGGGGAUGGGAGCAUGGCGGGUGGGAUG